AUGAGCAGACAAGUCCCGCCGCAACUAGCGGGGGACGAGAAUGCCCUACGGACUCUGCGCACUAAGAAUAACGAUGAGCCGCUGGCUCCAGUUCAGCGUAGGGUUUUAGGCGAUGUUAGCAACCGUAAUCGCGGCCGGACGCGUGAGCCACUCGCCCCGGUGAUGCGCGACGUGCCAGAGAGUCGGGUUACGGAUACUGGUUCGAGCGGCGCAGCUGGCGAGAGCGCGUUGGCUGGACAAAAAAGAAGUGCGGAUGCGUUGGAGCCCGCUCCCAAACGGGCGCGCCGCGUUGAGGAAGCGUCUGCCUCAAAAGCUUCGUUUGUAAUUGAGCUGCCUAGAAUCGAGGUGGAGCAUGCUGACCUCGAUGCCGAAGAUAAGUUUGAUGAGCUCAUGGUUCCCGAGUACGUUGAUGACAUCUUCGACUUGCUGUUCCAGCGCCAAUACCUUUACAUGGUGAACCCAAGCUACAUGAAGUCCCAACCGCAAAUCAAGUGGUCUUUACGGGGAAUUUUGGUCAAUUGGCUGGUAUCCAUCCACCAAAAGUUCCGCCUCCUUGGUGAAACUCUCUUCGUUACUAUUAAUAUUCUGGACCGGUAUCUGGAAAAAGUUGAAGUGCCUCUAGACCGACUACAACUGGUCGGGGUUACUUGUUUAUUUAUUGCGGCAAAGUAUGAGGAGAUCUUCAGUCCUGCUAUCCAGAACUAUGCUUAUGUUGCUACUGUUACCGAGACCGAAAUCUGCCAAACCGAAAUGAGCGUUUUGCGGGUCCUGGACUACGACUUGGGGGUGCCCAACCCUAUGAACUUCCUGCGAAGAAUUUCCAAGGCUGAUAACUACAACAUCAGCUCCCGCACGCUUGCUAAAUACCUAAUGGAAAUCUCGUUCUUUGAGCCUCGAUUGUUCUGCUAUCUUCCAAGCGAUGUCGCUGCGGCCUCCAUGUGCUUGGCUCGGGAAAUCGUUGGCUCUGCCGAGUGGGAUAAUAACUGCAUACAUUACUCCAUGGGACUCACACGAGAAGCAAUGAAGAAUAUUCUACUAAUCCUCGUUCAAUUCCUGAAAGCACCAACGGAGUAUCAGGAAUUUCACAAAAAGUACGCGUCCAAAAAAUUCCUUAAAGCUUCCUUGCGAUGUGCGGCCUGGGCCGAAGCUUACUCGGAUAGCUGGCUGGCCAGUUUCGACGAAUAA